GUUCAUCGCGAAUUGGGGUAGUUGAAACUAAUCUAAAUAACGCUAACAAAGGUCUGGCUGAUUUUAUAAUGCACCUUUCUUGUUCAUUGAGUAACGUUAACUCGCUCAAAUCAAGGUUUCGAAAUCCCUUUCUCUCUCCAAUUACAUCAACUAUCUGUAGCAAGAAAAAGGAUAAAAUCGCGAGCUCGAAUCAUCGUAAUCUGAUCUUCACUCCAAUCAGCUCUCGAUUCUCUCUUUCUGCAUAUACCUGCACCGCCGGCCGCCGCACUCUCGUUCAGUUAAAGAAGGGAAUGGAUUUGGACGCAGCUGUAGCGGCUUCUUACGAGAACGAGAACGAGGACUUCAUUAGUGUCGAUGCUAAGGAAGGAGGUGCUGCUGAUUUGGAAGAGUUGGUCCAGAGCAUCGUAUCUGUUGAAGGUGAAUUUGGAGAAAGUAGUGGUGAUGGUUAUGCUUCGGAGGGGAGAUAUGAAGACGAGGACGGUCUAAAUCAGAACAGGGAUCUACCGGAAGAGUUGUUGCAUAAUGUGGUGAUGCUAUCUUGCGAAUCAUCGGCGUCUGGCGGAAUCUGCGAUGUUUAUCUAGUUGGAACUGCUCACGUGUCAAAGGAGUCUUGCCGAGAAGUUGAGGCUGUGAUCAGUUUUCUAAAACCCCAGGUGGUCUUCUUGGAGUUAUGCUCAAGCCGGGUGGCUGUUCUUUCUCCUCAAAAUCUGAAGGUCCCAACCAUGGCAGACAUGAUAGAUAUGUGGAAAAAAAAUCAUAAUCUCUUUGGAGUACUCUACAGUUGGUUUCUUGCUAAGGUUGCCAGUAAGCUAGAGGUUUUCCCUGGUGCUGAAUUUCGAACGGGAUACGACGAAGCAAUGAAGUAUGGCGGAAAAGUAAUACUUGGUGAUCGCCCAGUUAAUGUAACCUUAAGAAGGACAUGGGGGAAAAUGCCAUUGUGGCAUAAAACAAAGUUAAUCUACUCCUUGUUGUUUCAAGCUCUGUUUUUGCCAGACCCUGAGGAGCUUAAUAGAAUGCUGAAGGAAAUGGAUGAUAUUGACAUGUUGACUCUCGUGAUUCAAGAGAUGAGCAAACAAUUCCCCACUCUCAUGGAAACCCUUGUGCAUGAGCGAGAUCAGUAUAUGUCAUCCAUGUUGCUAAGAGUAGCUGGAGAUCAUAAUUCUGUCGUUGCAGUUGUUGGUAAAGGACAUCUACAGGGAAUUAAAAAGCACUGGAAGCAGCCUGUCGAGAUGACGAGACUUUUAAAUAUGGAUUUACAACCUCCGUCGCGAGCUAUUUCUGUUACAAAGGUAUUAACGUUCAUUGGAGUUGCAGUUGCUGGUGCAGCUAUAAUUUCUGGUAUUUACAUGUCGAGUAAGAAGUAGCAUCGAAACAGUUAAAAAAAAAAACUAAAAUACUUCAUUUUUCUUAAGAAUUCAUUACUUUUAUGUUUGUUUUUUUUCUUCUUAGACAUUAUUAUAUACAUGGUGUUUAGCUUGGGAUAUGUAACCUUUUUUUUUAUAGGAAAAGAAGAUUGGGAUAAAACUUAGUUGUAUGGACAUAUUUGCUUUCUUUGAGA